UUGAAACGGCUAGACAUUUUUGCCCAUGGUUAAAUUCAAAGUUGUAGAAUUCACUACUGCAAUGUAUUAUCAAAGGUUUUUUAUGGCCAGAAUCACUGCUAGAACACUACCAUACAGCCCGGAAACUACAUAACACCCCACUAGUGCAAUGUUACCAUUCAACACAAUAGCUGUGUAGCCCAAUCAAUGCACACAUUUACCCUAUGGAGCCCCAACAUAGCCCAUGCAUUGACUGCUUUUUGGAUGGAAAAGCAGAAAGGAAUUAAAAUAUAAUGCUUCAGGUUAAUUCUUACACUGAUCAGGGGCCAAGGAGAUUUGGUUUUGCCUGCCAAUGACUGUUCCCCCCAAGGACUGUCUUAUUAUCAUCAUCCUCAUCCCACUCUCCUCUCUUAAAUGAAGCUCAAAGCAGCUGUUGGGUGGUGCCAGCUGCAACUAUUGGCAAUACUGAAUUCCACAGUAAGCAUGGUGAGAACGCAAUGUGGGCAGGACCACAUCCUUUUCUUACAUAUUGUGCCGAUUACUUGAUGAAGAGUUUUAGAAAUUAUUCUGAAGGCUGAGUGAAAAGGUUGCUCAGCCUUGAUAUCGACAGAGAUCCUGCCUACCUCUUUUGCAAAUGGACCUCCUUUGUUAGCUUCAAGUGUCACAAUCCAGCUGGAGCAGACGCCUUUCCGCAACGAUGAUCUGAGAGAUAUCUUGGAAACAGUCGCUCAAAAUUCACGGCAGAAGAGGAUGAUGAAUAUAAAAGAAAGAUUUAUUGAAAUGGGAUAAUAUAUAGCCUGGCCAGGAGAUGUCAAAGUAUGGGGGAAAGGUUGCUGCUGGAACAUUCCUUUUCAUCUUUGUGCUGUCUUUUACAUCGUAUUAUUGGAAGAAAAACACAACAGAGUACGACAGCAGAAAAAACAAACAACCCAAACUGCAUGACUGCUUUCAUAGAGACCAGCUUACCGGAGAUACUAUCACGAGGCUCAAAGAUAACUACAGCUUUAUCAUCAACCCGUAUUUUGACAACAGGACUAGGACGGUGAUCCGUGUCAUUAGCAUCAUUCACUUUGAAAAAGUCAAAGGACUUUAUUGCGUCUUUUGCUGCCAAAAUGACAGCGAUUUCCCCAUUGUGACAGCUGAGAUAGACAUCCACGCAGACCGAUUUGGUUUUCCUUACGGGACGGCGGAUGUGCUCUGCUUGGAACCGCAGAACUGUUCUCCAAAAUACAUGUCGAUUCAUCCCUCCCGCGACCCAGAUUUUGCCCAGCUCCCAGUGUUUGAGAUCAAAAACCGCCACUCCGGGGAGCCUUUGCUCGAUUUCACAGUGUGCAUCUCAACAAUGUUUGGAGGCUUCAACAACGUCUUGCAAUUUGUGCAAUCGGUGGAAAUGUACAAAAUACUCGGGGCACAGAAAGUCGUCGUUUAUAAGAACAAAUGCAGCCUAUUGAUGGAGAGAGUCCUAGAGCAUUACGUCUCUGAAGGGAUGGUUGAAAUUAUCCAGUGGCCCAUCGAUACAUACCUUAAGCCUUCAACUCAUUGGCAUCAUUCCAUGGAUCCCCAAGAAAUCGGCUACUAUGGACAAAUUGCCGCCCUGAACGACUGCAUCUACCGUAAUAUGUACAGAAGCAAUUACGUGCUGCUAAUCGAUACAGAUGAAAUUAUUCUCCCGCUAAAAGAUGCAGAUUGGAAAUCGCUCAUGGAAAGGCUCGAAGGGGAUCAUCCAGGCGCCGGGGUGUUCCUGUUUGAAAACCAUGUCUUCCGUAACAGUGUCUUUGCUGCUACAGUUCCAUUCAACUUCUCUUCUUGGAGGAACGUUCCUGGGGUGAACAUAUUUCAGCACACCUUCAGAGAACCCAACAAAAAAGGGGCAUUCAAUAACAGGAAGAUGGUUGUUCGGCCAGAGAAGGUCGUUCAGACCUCGGUCCAUUCGGUGCUCAAGAAGUACGAGGCUGAAUCUGUCUCAGUUUCCAGCGAUGUUGCCAUUCUCCAUCACUGCAGGAGAACCGAACGUGUGGAUGUGCCUAAGGAGGCCCUGAUCCAAGACCCGGUGAUUUGGAAAUACAAUGCUUCUUUGAUUGCAAAUGUGGACCGAGUCCUGCAUGAAUGUAAUUGUUUGUAAGCUAAUAUAGGAAAAGAAGUUCCGCCUAAACAUUAGGAAGAACUUCGUGAAGGUAAGAGCUGUUCGGCAGUGGAAUAUGCUGGACUGGCCCUCACACUGUCAAUAUUUGAGGUGUUGUCAAAGGUUUCUAUGGCCAGAAUCACUGUAAUGCUGUGAGCUUUUCGGACUGUACGGCCAUGCUCCAGAAGCAUUCUCUCCUGAUGUUCCACCCACAUCUAUGGUAGGCAUCCUCGGAGGUUGUGAGGUCCGUCGGAAACUAGGCAAGUGGGGUUUAUUUAUCUGUGGAAUCAUGUCUGGGUGGGAGAAAGAACUUUUGUCUGUUUGAGGAAAGUGUGAAUGUUGCAAUUCACCACCUUGAUUAGCAUUGAAUGGCCUUUCAUCACCUCCCAACAAAGGAUUCCCUCAGGCAGGAAGCAGCCAGGAUUUGAAGCUGAAAGGCCAUUCAAUGCUAAUCAAGGCUAUUCUGAAUUCAAAAGAUUGCAUCAAAUCAUGUUUUCCUAUAUACAGCUCUUAUAGCCAAUGAUUUGCAUCAGAAUGGCAACAAAAGGCAGGGCUUUUGCACCUAGAUUGUGGAGUUUCCUCGUAAAUCUUAUUUUUUUGUUUUUACCGGUGAAUAAAAAUGUUUUUGUCAAA